AUGAUAGAGCUUACGGUGCCUUGGGAAACCAACAUCCCCAAAGACCAUGCCAUCAAGGUCAAUAAGUAUUACGAGCUCACUAACGAACUAACUCGAAAUAGGUUCGUCGUUGAUUUGUACGCGGUAGAGGUGGGAGCGAGAGGUAUAACAGCUAAAUCUCUCUAUAACCUACUAAAAGACUUGGGCCUGUCCAGAACUAACAUUAAUUCAUUCUUAGAACGUACGUCGAAGGCAGCCCUAGUAGGUUCUUUUCAAAUUUGGUUAGGUAGGGAGAGGAACUUGGACAGUGGAGGUGAGCGUAUAACGCGCGUUAGUUAA